AUGGCCGGGAAGGCGGACGACACUGUUGAAGAUCAGGAUCAUGUCAAAAAGUUUGACACCUCCGGGCCUUUUGAGUCCGGUGUCGGUACUAUCCAAGCUGCUCAGACAUUGUGGGGAAAGAAGGGAAGAUGGCUUGUUAUUAUCGGUUUGGCCUUGGUAAUGAUUGUGUACGAAAUCGAUAACACUACUGUCUACAUCUACAACAACUAUGCAACGUCCUCCUUUUCAGCUCUUUCCAAGCUAGCGACCCUAAGCACCGCCAGCGGCAUCGUCUUCGCCGUUAUCAAGCCGCCAGUCGCCAAGCUAUCCAAUGUCAUUGGACGAGGGGAAACCUACAUCAUGAGCAUAUCCUUUUACGUCUUGGGCUACAUCCUUAUGGCGACAUCAACAACUUUUAAUGCCUAUGCUGCAGGCGUUGUAUUCUACGUCGUUGGCCAAUCAGGCACAAAUAUCAUGAACGACAUCGUCAUUGCCGAUAUCACAACAGCUCGCUGGCGUGGUUUCGCUCUCAGCUUCUCCUUCUUCCCAUUUCUCAUCACGCCUUGGGCCGCCGCGUUCAUCGUUGACGAUGUCGUCAAGCCUGGUGGUAUCGGCUGGCGAUGGGGUAUUGGCAUGUUCGCCAUUCUCAUGCCCAUCGGCGCCGCAUUCAUCAUCACCACUCUCCUUUACUAUCAAAAGAAGGCCAAGGACAUGGGCCUCACCCCAAGACAGAAGACGACGCUCUACAGCUUCUGCUCUCAGAUUGACUUGGGCGGUUCAGCCCUUCUCUGCGCAGGCUUCUCAUUGGUCUUGAUACCGCUGACGUUGGCAGCGUCAACACCAAGCAGGUGGGGAACGGCAUACAUCAUCGUCUUGAUCGUGAUUGGUGCUAUUCUCCUCGGGGCAUUGCCGUUCUACGAGCAGCGUCUGGCUCGGAACCCAAUCAUGCCUACGCGGUACUUUCGUAACAAGACAAUUGUUCUUUGCCUCUUGCUCAUCGCAAGUGACUCGGUUGGGUUUGCCUGCACACACACGUAUCUCUACUCCUGGUCUACCGUUGCCCGCGGCUUCGCUGCCCGAGAUGCCACGUUCUUCCAAUACACCAACGGUGUGAUGCAGUGCGUGAUGGGAAUCAUCGCCGGCUUGGCAAUGGCAUACACCCGUCGAUAUAAGUGGCUGCUCAUCGGCGGCGCAAUCAUUCGUCUCAUCGGGUACGGGGUCAUGCUUCGCCUCCGCGGCGCCGAUAACUCCGUGGCCGAGCUCUUCAUCGUGCAGAUGAUCCAGGGGCUAGGUUCUGGUAUCAUGCAGUUGUCGAUUCUCGUACCUGCGCAGGUCGUUGUGCCGCACCGUGAAAUGCCGCAGAUUACUGCCUUGGUUAUUUGUUGUUCGGUCAUCGGUGGAAGUAUCGGGGGCUGCAUAGCCGGUGGCAUCUAUACCAACACAUUCAAGCCUAUGCUGUACAAGUAUCUUGGCGCCAGCGCUUCGCCGGAGCUUGUCGACUCUCUAUUCGAUUCCAUUGUCGGCACCGCGCCUGCAUGGGGUACUCCGGAGAGAAAUGCGAUCAACCAUGCCUUCACUGAUGUAAUGAAAUUCAUGGUAUACACCGCUGUUGGAGCCUCGGCUCCCGGGGUUAUUCUGGCUUGGUUCCUGCCAGACUUUGUCCUACCGUAA